UUGAUGACCAUUCUCUACAAGUUUAUUAUCCAUCUGCUCCUUGGGUAUUACCUGGACAAAUCCUGGUUCUUCCUGGACAUGACCCUGGCCCUCGGAGAAGUGUUCUUCCUAGCGGACAUAAUAGUUCACUUGCUGCAUACCUUCUGGCCCAUAGUUCGACUGCAAAUAAGAACUCUCAGAAGAAAUUAUCUCUUCCUAGCUUAUGAUAUUAUCAGCCUGGUGCCAUUAACUAUGAUUUUUAGCAACCGAGCAGAUAGCCGGGAUAUCGUAUUGGUUGGCCGAUGGUUAGGAAUUGGCCGCAUCUAUAGACUGUUCACGUUUUUCCGGAGCGUUAAUGAAUCUAUCCACAAAUCUCGCAAGGCAUUCUACAUAACCGAGCACGUAGUUUUUGGUAUGCUAAUUCUUCACGCCAGUACUUGUCUUUGGUACGCCUUGCAUCGCUUGCCGACCGUAAGCAAGAAAUGGUACAACCUGGGAUACCCACCGCACGUCAACUCGUGGAAACUGAAGUUUGACAACUACAUAUCCUGCUGGUAUUAUUGUGCUUGCCGGUUCUGCAAUGUUAUAUUUGGCGAUGUUUUUCCUUUGCGAGUCUUGGAAAAGUGGUUGACGUCAUUGCUGAUGUUAAUAGGCUAUGUGUUCUUCCGUUACCAGUUCGUCGGACUCCUCACGUGGGAGUUGGUUCUCGAGAACGCGCGACGAGCUAUGUUUAUUGAUCGGGAAGCGAUAACUCAAUACGACAAAGGCGAUUCCAGACUAAUUCGAACUCGUUACCGACCUAUGAAAGUGCUCAAAGACAAUUUAUCCGGCGUAGAGGAGGACGACCCAACAUUCGUGGACGAUUCUCACAUGUAUUACAAAGACGUCAACAAUGUUCGGCAGGCGAGGUUUACGCCAGAGUACUUGGAAUUGUAUCAGAUAUCGACCAACGUGACGACUAUAGAUGCCCCGCGGGUCUGUCUGAGGGCCAGUUUCCCUUGGAUACUGGAGCCGAACACUGAUUUCACUCACAUGUUCGACAUGGGCCACUUCGCAAUGGUCCUGUACCUAUGUGUGAUGUCCCCACAUUACGCUAUACAAACCGAGCAGACCGAUUUGGAGUUAAUUUUCACAACCAUUGUUACCGCCGGGCUCUUACUCAACAUUUACAUACAACUAACUACGGCCAUUGUGGAAAAGAAUAUUCGAAAAGAAACAGUGAAAGAGAUAGCAGAAGUGAAAAUGGCGACUGUAGGUUUCUACCUAGAUAUUCUCUCUGUGUUUCCCGUGUACAUAUUCACUGACACCCUGGAUCCUCACGGGGAGUCGAUUGCUGGACAGGUGGUCAAACUGCUCCCGAUUUUGCAAGUGUGGCAUUUGUGGGAAUAUAUUGACAAGUGGAAAUUGAGCUUCAAUAGUAAUGCUAAGCUGCUGUGCCUUAUCAAGUACACUAUUCUCGUCAUCAUUGUCUGCUAUUGGUCAGGCUGCUUCCUUUACCUGUUCGCGUGUCCUAGGAAACUGUGCCGUGAGAACUCCUGGAUGGCUCAGCUCAUCUACUGGGAGACGAAGGUGUUCAUGACCAACGAAGCCAAGCACGAGAAGCCGCUUGUGUCCUCGCUGCUGUUUGGCACUUCGGCCUUCACUGGCACUGGCACUUCUGACAUGGGACCUGGACCUGGAGACUUAUUUGUAGUAAUGCUAAUAAUUGUAUUGGGCUCGUAUGUCAGCUGCUUGUACACAGCGAAGAUUUGCAGCUGGUUCCUGUUAAGUACACAAAGGAAGCUUAAAUUUAAGGAAUCGAUGCGGGAACUAUUCUACUUCCUGACGGUGAAUCACGUAAGCGGCAAGAUCAAAGCGCGCGUGAAGAAGUUUUUCUCCGUCCAAUGGUAUUACAACAAUGCUGUAUCAACGGAGGAAAUUUUCAGAGAUAUGUCCACAAACAUCCAACAAGAAGUUCUGGCAAUAGAAAUGGUGGAAACUCUUAUACAUUGUCCCAUAUUUCAGGGCUGCAAUCGCGACUUUCUGCAGACGGUAGCUGCCAACAGCAGGACCAUUGUUCUGCCGGACAACGAGAUAGUCCAGCAUGGGGGUGACAUCGGCCGCGAUAUGUACAUCAUACAAAAGGGUCAUUGUAAUCUACUGAAUCAUCACGGUAAAAUAGAUAAAUCUAUCGGACCCAGCAACCAUUUUGGAGUUGUGGAAAUGCUCUUUGGAUUGCCAAAGGUGUACACGGUGCUGACGUCAACAAACUGCAUCCUGCUGCACGUGGAAUACACGUCACUCGUGCAGAGCUGGGGCACGUUCCCGGACAUCAGUCACCCCAUUAUCACGGCUUUGGACGACCCCGAGCUUAGAAACAAGGCGAAAUUUUAUGAAGAAGCGAAGCCGUUGACAGGUCGAUUGGACGCGAAAACUAACAGGAUAGCGCAAGAAAUAAAGGAGAGUUUCGUGGUGCUCACAGGCCGCAACAGAGUUGAGUAUGUGAAGACUUUCGACAAGUUGGGCGUUAUGAGAUAUAUUCGUUACCUGUUCUUGCCAGGCUGCAUUACUCCUCAUGGCAUAUUUUUGAAGUUCUGGUGCGGCGUGCGAUUCGUGUUGGCUUUGUAUUACAUUAUGAUGAUCCCUUACAAUAUUGCUACUAAGCAACACAGACAUAUGGGCGCGUAUCCCUGGACAGACAUUCUACUGUACGUGGACAUAGUGGUCAUGGCAUACGUAGCGUACUAUAACGAGAGGUCGCUGCUGGUCACCCAUCCCUUGUUGUCUGUGUCAAGAUAUUUGAAAACAUCAUUUUUCAUCGAUGCUAUCUCUGUAUUUCCGAUUGAACAAGUGUUACGAAUUGUCAACGACAAUACAGACAUGGAUUUUUAUCGGAUGAAUCGGAUGCUUUUAGUCAGUAGAGUAAUGCAAUCCUUUUCAUAUUGGGAGAGUGACAUAAUGCAAGUGAACCCGAUCAUCGUGCUUCUCAAAUACUUGCCUGUGACAGUCACUAUCGUGAACUUCGCCUCGACUGUCAUUUUCAUCAACACCUGCACGCCGUAUCUGCCCCCCGACACAUACUAUAUUUUGGUCAACUGUACCAGAGCCCUGACUGUGACUACUAAUAAAGUGGAUAUUAAGUAUGCGGCUUCUGAAUACGCGAACACAUUUUACUGGGUUUUCGAAAUAUUUGUGGGGUGCGGCUGCACUCCAGCGGGCGUGUCGAACAUUGUAGACGUGUGGUUGAACAUGGCUCUAAAGAUCACCGGCUUCCUCUACUUCGCUUUUAUGUUUGGCUACGUCGCUGCGUCAAGGUCUACGGAAACGCAUGCUUUGCUCGAACAUAAUGAAAAAACAAGGGACCUGGCCAACUUUCUAUAUCAAGAGAACGUCGAUCUGAUGCUCACUGCGAAAACGGUGAAGUAUUUUGAGUAUGUCUGGAAGCGGACCAACGGGAGCAACCCUCAAGAAAUAUGCCGGUGCCUCAACACAGCGCUAAUGGAAGACACCUUAGUAUUCAUGUACGAGAGAGCCCUUCGAGAAGUGCCCCUCUUCGGGAAGGUCGAGAGGUCCUUCAUCAGGGUCAUCACACAGCACCUCCACGAGAUGUACUUCCUGAAGGGCGAGACGGUGAUACAGUGCAGAGACGUGCAGCCCUAUAUUUAUAUUAUUUACCGAGGCAAGGUGGAUGUGCUGACCUCGUACAAUGAAAUGAUAACGUGCAUGGGCCCGGGCGGAAUGUUCGGCAAUUUCACCGGCCAACCAGUAUCUUGCUCAGCAGUAGCGAUAUACGCCAGCCGGAGUCUAGAUCUCCUGGUGAUACCUAGUCAAACGUUCUUCAACCUCGUUAAAUACUAUCCCAAAAUCCAGGACCCGUUGUACAAAGCCUUUGAAGUGUCCAAAGAUUAUAUCAUGCCUAUAACUAUGGAUAUUGCCGACGACACCUCUUCAGAAGACUCUGAAGUAGACCUAAUGUCCCUGGAGUCAGGUGUGGAUUCGAGAAGCGGUGACAGUAGAUUCGAAGUUCCAGGUAACCUCAAUGCCCGUGUGUCGCAGUCAAACAUCAGCCAGGCCAAGUCAACCACCAGCGUGAUGACGUACCAUAGCUACGCGAGUAUCAGUAAUUUGCAGCGUCCUGGCACAUGGAUAUUUCAGUUAUUCGGCUACUUCACAUGCCUGAUGGCGACAAUAGACUAUGUGAUAGCACUUUACGAAUUGACCACUCUGAACGAUUGUUACGUUAUAUUUUGGCUGCAGUCCAUUUUCGACGUAUUCUUUUAUGUUAAAGUCUUUCUAACGAUGCAUCAGGGUUUCGUCAACAAGCAUGGAGACCUUAUCGUCAACGCCUCGAAGUGCAGGAAACGAUAUUUCAAGCAUAAAGUGUGGGUCUGGUCGGAUAUAUUCGUCAAUUUUCCUCUAGAGCUAUUCGGAUUUUGUUUUCGAUACAAGUUGUCAGCAAUGCAUUACUUUCGAGCCAACAAGCUGUUCAGGCUGAAAUAUCUAAUAGAGUUUUACCGGAAAACAUCUGCCGAACUUACGAACAAUUUAACAACACUGCAAGUAGCUAUGACGGCCAUAGUGGUAGUCUUGCUCAUCCAUACGUUCACAUGCAUUUGGUUGCUGACUCUGAUCGCAACGUCACCGGUGUGCAUCAUACGCACGCUCAAGAUGCAUCUCAUUGAUGAAGAAACGCCUCAACGGAACUGGGACUACGUCACGUCCAUAUACGUGAUAAUCUCCCAGCUGACCAUGACUGGUGGAGAUGAGUUUGUGGUGGACGAUUUUCUGCCAAUAGCAAUAAUGUCCAUCUGCUUGCUCUGCGGCAAAAUGCUGGCUGGAACGGUGGUGGCUACGGCUAUCCAGGUCGCGUACUCCUCGAAGUAUGCCCUGACGGCUUACGAGGUCGCCACUCGGGAGCUCAUUGAUAUGCUGAAGAACCAGGGAUUGUCAAGGUACCAGUUGAAAAAGUUCUGGCAAUACAUAAAACAGCUUUGGGUGACCGAACGCGGCCGUCAGCUGCCAGUACUUCUGGAACAAACGCCCUACGUCAGGCGCUGUGACCUGAUGUCAGCUAUGUUUGGACACCAUCUGAGGAACUGCUACAUCUUCCAAGAUACUGGAGAGCAGUUCUUGCGACAACUGGCUGGUGUACUAAACUACACUGUAUUCUUUCCCGGUAACUACAUAGUCGUAGCCGGUGACUGUAACGCCAGUAUGUACUGGGUGGUGUCCGGGGUGGUUUCCGUGGUGUCCGUGCGUCCGGACUUGACUGAGACGACCCACGAGCUGCUCGGUCCUGGAGACGUCUUUGGGAUCCUGCAGGGAAUGAAUAAAGGAGUCGCUCAUUGUUUCUCAUACAGGGCUGAAACAAAGGUCAGUAUACUCACGCUCAGCCUGGAUACGUGGUUAAACAUUAUACAGUUUUUCCCGGAAUCUAAAAAGUCUAUCAUGGAUCGGUCUGAGGUUUUGUUUGCUCAGAUUUAACACUCAUAAGAUACAUUUUAACUUAGCUAUUAAUAAAAAUAACUUAUAAGCA